GGACUUUUCAACACGAGCAUAUCUGCACCUCAACUGAACCUAAUCUCAACUUCCACUCCCCGUCAAAUUUGUGCCCGCCGGAUUUCCUGCGUCUUUUUCAAGCGCUCUUGCAUAGAUAGCAGCCUUACCAUCUCAAAUUACUGCCUGGUUUCUCGGCUACCAUAUUGUUUCGGCAUGGCGAUCCUGGACUAUGCCGGCACGACACUCGCCCUUGCAACUGUUCCGCUCGUGGCUACAAUCGUUGUCCUUACCAAACUUGUGGCAUUUAUCCCGGUGCUUGUCAAAUGGAGGAAGGAUGAGGAAACGUCGACUGCGAAAGGAGUGCGGGUGCCACAAGAUGAAGGGAAGGUCGCUGAGUUUAAUGAACUUCGUCGCCGGGCAGGUUCCAGCGCCUGAUGCAAAGACAUAGGGAUACCACCAGAUGUGCAACACGAGGUCGAGUGGGUGAGAGGCAAUUUAUGGAUGACAGACUAGCACCUUCUCGAGUUUUGAUUUACCGUCUUUCGGCCUUCGGCAGCCG